AUGAGGGCCAAGACCAGCAUUAGGGAGAAAACCAAUGGUAGGGAAAGGGAUAGUGAGGGUCAGUACGAUGGCCAGGGCCAGGACCCUGCCCUCUGGGAGGUUCAGUGCGAGGAUCAGGACGAGCGCGAGGGCAGAGGCAAGUUGGCAGUCAGGGAAAGAGGAGCCGGCCGGCACUUAAGAGAGUUAGCGGAGUGGGCUGGGCGUGGCUGUCCGGGCACGUCCGGCUGGGCGGAGCCGGCGGGGCGGGAGCAGGGGCCGGAGGGGGGUGGGGGCGGGAGCGCGGCGAAGGCUGCCGGGCUGGGCGGAGCCGGCGGGAUGGACGCGCUGCUGGGUCCGGACGAGCUGCUUCGCGUCUUCUCCUUCUUGGAGGCCCCAGACCUUCUCAGCGCCUCGCAGGUGGACAAGGUCUGGAAUGAGGUUUCAAGGACCAAGGAACUGUGGAGGCAGCUGUGUCUGAGACACUGGUCCUCCUGCAAAGCCUCUGAGGUUGUCCUGGGCACACAGACAUGGAAACAGUACUAUCUCUGCUGGUCUGAGCUGGAGUUCCGAAUGGAAUCUGGGCAGCCAGGGAAGGACUUCAUCUGCAGAGCCAUUGCUGGGCAUGCAGGACAGAUAGAGGAGCUGGCUUACGUCACAACUAGUGAGUACCGGUUUGACAGGAGGGAGAAGUCUGUGGUUUGCACCGUGUCCUCAGACUGCACUGUGCGUGCCUGGGAUUUGCAUGAGGGCACAGAGAUCUGGUCAAGCCCUCUACAGCCUGCUGCUCUGGUGAAUUUGGUGACUUACCCUCAGCUGCAGCUGAUUGUCACCAUGGACAAGCAGGGAUUGAUUAAAGUGUGGAAAACAGAGAAUGGGUGGGAGGGGGCCUCCUUCUGUCUGUCGACAUUCUCAUCUGCGAUGGAGGCCUGUGACAUCCAGAGGGUCCCUUCCUGCUGGUGAGUGACUGGUUCUUAGGCACCGUUGCAGGUCCUAGCCUUCUCCUAGGGUUUGUGGACACUGGCAAUAUGACUACUAUGAUGGAUGAGCCUUGAGCCAGGCCCUCUCGACAGCAGACCAUGUCACUCUCCUCUUUGGGUUCCCCAGCUCCUCCUUGCCUGCAUCGUAGAGUGAAGAUGCCUUGUUCUGGCCUUCAGCCCUAGCAUGCAGCAGUAGCCUUUAUAUGUGGCCCCAACUGGGUAGCCUCUCCCUUUCUUUCACAGUGAGAUCCACCUCUAUGGGCUCCCUCGGGGUUUUUGUCCAUGUGCCCCUGCUUUCUUCUACCUGAAGUUUCUUCUUACUACUGCAUUUUUACCAUUUGUUCCUGUUUUUCAAGUCCUUGCUAAGGCCCAACUCAGGAAAAGCUGACUGUUUGACAGAAUGUGAACAUUUACCCAAGACAGUGAAGGACUUGAGUUGCUGGGACAUUUAAUUUAAAGAUGACAUUGGAAAGCAUUUGACCAGGCAGAAACACCAUGAAGGUGGUGUUUAAGAUGACAGAUCUAGGAAGUAGCUCUCAUCUAAAGACAGUGUCAUCUACUUGUGGGGAAGAGGGUCUUUGGAAUUAUGGGCAAGCUGCUGUUUCUAAAUAAAAAGAUGAGUAGAUA